CGCAGCGUGGUCACUGCGCGUCAAACAAUCAGCAAGUUGACGAGUUCGCGAGUGAAUAUUCAACAAUGUUGUAAACGCAACUAUUGCGCAUGUAUUGGGUUUCUUUUUCGAUUAUUAUUUCUAUCAGUCUCGUUCGUACUGUCUGUGCAGGUGCUCUAAAUGAGUUAACACCGUAAUCACGUUUUCGUGGUUGUUGAGUGUCGACCAGUAUUUUGUGACAACUUGAAAGUGAAAGCGGAUUACCAAACUUAGUUUUUUUUUCAGAUGACACCUCAAAUAAUGAGAUGGGUCUACAAUAAUAAACUACUCGUAUUUUUUGGCGUGGCUACUUUUUGUUUCUUUGUGUCCACUGUAGCACUCUCCACACAAAAUAAUACGCUUAAACAAUCAAUAAUGUUUAUCAAGCAAAAACCUAACCAGCAGGACUCAAAUGGAGCUAUACCAAAUGAAGCUGAAUCGGCAGAGAGUAACCGCUACCGACUUCCAAAACACGUUAGACCUACGAACUACGCUUUAAAAUUAAAUCCAAAUCUUUCUAAGAAAAUAUUUGAAGGUGAAGUAAAAAUUUCUCUCAACAUUUCGAAGCCAGUUCGAUCAAUAUUUUUGCAUGCAAACAAUUUGGAGAUACAUUACACUGAAGUCAAAAGCAGCAACAAUCAAAGUAUUCCUGUGAUAUCUACAGCUAUGUGGUCGACUUCAGAAGUAUUUCAGGUGAAUUUAAAAGAAGAAAUUCAAGCAAAUACGAAUUGCGAACUUAUUUUAACAUUCACGGGAAGAUUAGAUAAAGGGAUUGUUGGAUUUUAUGCGAGUACCAUGCGCAGUGGAGAUACAAUGGUGGCCAGUAAAUUCCAACCAACCUAUGCUCGGCAAGCAUUUCCCUGUUUUGAUGAGCCAGACUUCAAAGCUACAUAUGAUAUAACACUUGUGAAACCUGUCGACUAUAUGGCACUUUCUAAUAUGAAUGAAGUAUCUAAAACAUUGGAUCCAACUUCUAAUACAGAAGCAGUCACGUUUGCCACCAGUGUACCAAUGUCCACAUACUUAGCCUGUUUCGUUGUAUGCAACUUUAAUGUGAAGGAAAAUGAAAUUAUGGCCAAUGGUAUUGGUAAAAAUUUCAAAUUAAGAUCUUUUGCCCAAAAAGACCAAACACAUAAAAUUGAUUUUGCUCAAGACAUUGGAAAGAGAGUGACAGAGUUUUAUAUUAGGUAUUAUGAAGUUCCAUUCCCGUUACCAAAAUUGGAUAUGAUUGCGAUCCCUGAUUAUGUAUCAGGAGCGACUGAACAUUGGGGCUUGAUAACUUAUAGAGAAACAUCAUUUCUAAUAGAUGACGAAACUGCCUCUUCGAAAAAUAAGAUCAGUGUUGCUAAUACUGUGGCCCAUGAAUUGGCGCAUAUGUGGUUUGGUAACUUAGUUACAAUGAAGUGGUGGGAUGAAGUGUGGCUGAAUGAGGGCUUUGCUUCGUAUAUGCAAGUAAAAUCGCUCAAUGCGAUAGAACCUUCUUGGACGAUGCUGGAUCAAUUUUUAACACGUACCUUACAUUCAGUGUUAGUGACAGAUGCUAAACUCUCCAGUCAUCCGAUAGUACAAACAGUUGAGACACCAGACCAGAUCACUGCCAUUUUUGACGCCAUCUCCUACAAUAAGGGUGCAUCGGUUUUAAGAAUGCUGGAAGGUUUCAUUGGCGAAGAGAACUUCCGUCGGGGAGUCUCAGAUUAUUUAAAGACGUAUGAAUUCGGUAACACUGUCACGCAAGACUUGUUAUCGUCCAUGGAGCCUUACUUUAAGAAAGACUACCCUGAUCUUAGUCUUAGCUACAUAAUGGACACAUGGACCAGACAGAUGGGUUAUCCUCUGCUAAGCGUAAAGCCCGGAGAUCAGGCUAACACCUACAUAGUCACUCAGACCAGAUUCCUAAUAAACCCGGAGGCUGUGGAUAAUCAAACAUCGGAAUUUAGAUAUCGCUGGUAUGUUCCAAUAACUUACAAAACUAACAAAGGACCUAAAGAAGGAAUAAUUUGGUUCCCAAAUAGUCAAGAAAGUGUUACAAUCACACUUGGCGAAGGAGAAAAAUGGUUGAAGAUAAACAAUAACCAAGUCGGUUACUAUAGAGUGGACUACACAGCUGACAUGUGGCAAAAUCUCAUACAGGAGUUGAAAAACGGGUCUAAGCAGCUAACAAUAUCGGACAGAGCACAUCUGCUGAACGAUAUAUUUGCCUUAGCCGAGUCUAAAAUCGUUCCUUACCCCGUGGCGUUAGACCUUUCAACGUACCUGAACGUCGAAUCAGACUUCGUCCCGUGGGAGGCCGCCACGUCUAUAUUCGCAACGCUUUCCGGGAGAUUGACCAAUACACCGGCAUUUGAUAACUUGGAGAAAUACGUACAAAGUCUAGUGAAACCUUUCUAUGAAAAGCAACCUUGGGAGAAGACAAGCCUGAGCGUGAUUGAAGGCUUGCUUCGGGCGCGAGUGUUAUCGCUGGCCACAGCGUACCGUCUGCCGGCUGCAGAAGCGAAGGUUCGCAGUCUUUUCUUGUCAUGGCUCAAUGGGGACUCCAAUCAAACCAGAAUAGAACCCGACUUGCGAGAUUUUGUCUACCAUUAUGGUAUGAAAUCAGCGACGCAAGAUGAGUGGGACAAGUUGUGGCAAAUCUAUUUGAAAGAGGAGGAUGUACAGGAACAGUCUAAACUACGAAGUGCGUUGUCUGCGCCUCGAGAUGCUAACGUUUUGAGAAGAUAUUUGGAUCUGGCAUGGGAUGAAAACAACAUUCGCAGUCAGGAUUACCUAAACGUGCUGUCUUAUAUCAGCAGUAAUCUAAAUGGUACCGAAUUAGUGUGGGACAACGUUCGGACGAAUUGGCCCAAACUGGUCGAACGAUUCACUCUGAACAGCAGAUAUUUAGGCAGCCUAAUACCUGACAUUACUGAUUCCUUCAGUACGGAUCAAAAGUUGAAAGAGAUGGAGGAGUUUUUCGCCCGAUACCCUGAAGCGGGUGCAGGCGAGUCAUCCCGCGUGCGCGCCCUCGAAACUGUUCGCAACAAUAUCCAGUGGGCGACCACUCACCUGGCUGUAGUGUCUACCUGGUUACAAGAAGCUGUCAACCCUGCAAAACUUUAAAAGCCUUGACGAAAAGAAAAAAGAAAGGAUGAUGAACGUAUAAAACCUGGGCGUAAGGCCAAAAGAAAUGUAACUAUAGUGCAUAUAUAUUGAGAAAGGACUCGCCAUAUUUGUUUUAUGUCAACUAACAUUUCAAAAGUACGAUUUUAGUUCUUCGUCUAAAUCUGAAAACUGCAUCCAUCAU